AAGAUUGAAGCUUUUCCCACAUUUGGGUAGCUAAAGAUUAAACCUUUUUGCUGCUAAAACCAUGGUCGUCUUAAACUCUUGUUCACUUUUUGUUCAUAGUUCAAGCAUUCCCUUAUCCUUGUUUUCCCGCCAGAAACACUGCUUGCCGCCGCUUGGGGCCGCCGGAGGUCAGCUGAAGACGAGUUCAUUGGUUGCUAAAGUGGGUGGGGACUUGAGUUUUGAUACCCAGAAAGAGAGUGAAGGAGAAGAUGGAGGCUUUGGUGGGUUUUCAAGUAGGAGUGGGUUUGUGGGGAGAGGAGAAGGGAAGGAGUUUGAUAGAGACCCUGAGUUUGCUGAAAUCAUGGGUGCUUGUCUUGAUGACCCACAAAAGGCUAGGUCCAAGAUGGAGGAGCGGUUGAGGAAGAAAAGGAACAAGAUAUUGCAUACGAAAUCUGGGUCAGGGGACCCUAUGAGAGUUGUAUUCAAUGACUUUGGUUUCUCAAAUUCAUACAUAUGGCUGGAGUUCUACAACACUCCAUUGGAACAAGAUGUGUCCUUAAUCUCAGAUACUAUUCGAUCAUGGCACAUCAUUGGACGCUUGGGUGGAUGCAAUUCCAUGAAUAUGCAAUUGUCACAAUCCCCUUUGGACAAGCGACCAAGUUAUGAUCCCAUUCAGGGUGCUAAUGUGACCCCAACUACAUUUUAUAAUAUUGGAGAUCUUGAGAUUCAAGACAACUUGGGGCGUGUUUGGGUGGAUAUUGGUACUAAAGAGCCACUGAUACUGGAUGUUCUAAUUAAUGCAUUGACUCAGAUAAGCUCCGACUUUGUGGGGAUCAAGCAAGUGGUGUUUGGUGGAACUGAAUUUGAGCACUGGAAGGAGAACAUGACAUCAGAGGAAGCAGGUUAUACUGUUCAUAAAAUUUAGCCAAUUUGUUGUGCAUCCAUUUAACACCAUGAUUCAUUGACCUCAACAUCUGAUGAUCGAGGAACCAAGACCGAGUACGAAAGAAAAGUCAAGAAUGCAGACGCCAGGAGUACCACAUCAAACAUUUAGGAUCAUGUACACCAUGUUCCAACUGUCGAUGUAUAUGUAGUUAUGUACUAGUGCUCAAGAGAAAAAAGGGGACAGAGUAGAAAGAAGUAGAUAUAAGUUGAUAUUGCUUGUGUUUUUGAGAAAAAGAAGUGGUGCAUCUUAUAUAUUGUUGGUUAAUGUAAUUGUCAUCCAUAACAUCAAUAUUCUAAGGAUUCGAAAUUAUGUAUUCUGACAAUAGAAUUGUUAGUCUAAACAAGAGUGCUACA